UCGUUGUUGUAGAAAGCCAAGGUAUAACAGAUUUGUUUCAUGAGUUGUUUUAUGUUUCAAAUCCCAGGGCAUGCUCAAUGUAAACAAGCAUAGAGCACAAGUAGAAGCCUUUGUUCGCAUUCAGGGAUCUGCAAACAAAAAUUCAGAGCUGAGCAGUGACGUCCUGGUGUGCGGCGGGAAGCAGCGGAACCGCGCGCUGCAUGGGGACGUGGUGGCGGUGGAGCUGCUGCCACGGAGCGAGUGGAGGGGCAGGGCGACGGCGCUGAGCCAGAGCGAGGGCGAGGACAGGCUGGCAGAGGAGCUGCAGAGCCAGCCCAUGCCCACAGGUAAGGUUGUGGGCAUUAUUCAGAGGAACUGGCGGGAUUACGUGGUAACCUUUCCCCCUAAAGAAGAGAUCCAGUCCCAGGGCAAGAAUUCCCAAAAGAUCUUGGUGACCCCCUGGGAUUAUAGGAUUCCCAAAAUUCGGAUUAGCACGCAACAAGCCGAGGCGCUGCAGGACCACCGAGUGGUUGCACGCAUUGACUCAUGGGAGUCCACCUCGCUCUACCCGAACGGCCACUUUGUCAGAGUGCUGGGCAAAGCUGGUGACCUGGAGACAGAGAUGGCGGCUAUUCUCGUGGAAAACAACAUACAAGUCCCACCAUUCUCCGAAGCCCAGAUGCGUGAGAUGCCCGUGAAUAACCCAGAGAGCCCGUGGAGGGUGGAGUCAGAACAGGAGCCGGAGAGACUGGACCUGAGGGAGACACACCUGGUCUUCAGCAUCGACCCCCAGGGCUGCGAGGACGUGGACGACACCCUGUCUGUGCGCAGGCUGGCCAACGGCAAUGUGGAGCUUGGCGUGCACAUCGCUGACGUCACGCACUUCAUCAAGCCAAACUCCUACACCGACCUGGAGGCCAGAGCCAGGGCUACCACGUACUAUUUAGCUGAUCGCCGGUACGAUAUGCUGCCUCCCAUCCUGAGUGCUGACCUGUGCUCUCUUCUCGGCAGUGUGGAUAGGUAUGCCAUGAGUGUGAUGUGGGAGCUGGAUAAGAGCUCUUACGAGGUGAAGCGGGUGUGGUACGGCCGCACGAUCAUCCGCUCCUCCUACAAGCUGUUCUACGAGGCGGCCCAGGCUCUGCUGGACAGGGACUGGAGCGUGGUGGAGCAGAUCCCUGAGCUGGCUGGGCUGGGCGGAGAGGCGAGGCAGGAGAAACUGGACCAGCUGGUCUGGGCCAUUGGCAGCUUGGCGGACAUCGCGCGCUACUUGAGGGCCAAGCGGGACAGAGGAGGGGCGCUUGAGCUGGAGGGCGUGGAGGUGCGCGUUCAGCUGGACGCCCAGAAGAACAUCGCUGCUCUGGUGCCCAGGCAGCCCCUGGAGGUGCACGAGACCGUGGCGGAGUGCAUGAUCCUGGCCAAUCACUGGGUCGCCAAGAAGAUCUGGGAGCGUUUCCCUCACCAGGCCCUGCUCCGCCACCACCCCCCGCCCAGGCAGGAGUUCUUCACUGAGCUGGUAGAGUGCGCCAAAGCCAAGGGCUUCACCAUAGACACACGCUCUAACAAGUCCCUGGCAGACUCCCUGGACAGGGCUGUGGACCCUGCUGACCCGCUCGUCAAUAAGCUCCUGCGCUUCAUGGCUACACAGGCCAUGUCUAACGCCCUGUACUUCUCCACCGGAGCGUACCCUGAGGAGGAAUACUAUCACUACGGCCUGGCUCUUGAGAGGUACACUCAUUUCACCUCCCCGAUCCGACGCUACGCCGACAUUGUGGUUCACAGGCUGCUGAUGGCGGCCAUCCUGAGAGAGAAGGGGGCGGAGCUCCGGGAAACACCAGCAAGUAACAAAGAGCUGGAGGAGCUGGCUCAGCAUAUCAACAGCAAGAACAAGGCUGCUCAGCAUGCACAGAAGCAGUCCACAGAACUGUUCCAGUGCAUGUACUUCAAAGAUAAGGACCCUGUAACAGACGAGCGCUGCAUUGCAGAUGCUGUGAUCUAUUCAAUACGGGCUAAUGGCUUGCUCGUUUUUGUUCCAAGGUAUGGGAUUAAAGGAGCUGUCUAUCUGAAGAACAAGGAUGGCCUGGUGGUGUGUGUGAAUCCUGAUGGAAGCUGCGAGUGGAAGCCUGGAACUCUCAAGAGGUUCCAGGACAGGAUCAGCUCGACCACAGCGGACGGGUCAGAGACCUUCCCCUUGUUCCAGCACAUCACUGUGAGAAUAUCCGUGCAGGCAUCUCGAUCCCAUUCGGAAAGCAUCAGAAUGGAAAUAAUUAGCAACAAACCUCACAAGAGGUCAGACCCAGACCUCCACUGUGACACUCCACACCCUGCCAGAGCGGACCUGGUGAGGGAGGUGAUCCGCUGUGCAGAGGAGGCACAGCAGGCUGAAGAGCAGGCGAGCAGGACUGCAGUGGCAGGGGAGAACCAGGAGUACUGUCAGACCCGGGGGAACAGCUUGUACUCCCUGCUGGAGGAGAUCAGAGAGCUGGCCCUGCUGGACGUCUCAGCGGUUUCGCUUACACCCUGACCUGGGGCUUCUGUGUCACUCUGCAUCAGGGCUCCCAGUACAAGAGGUAUAUUGUUGUAGUGACUGGAAAAACUAAAAUAAGUGCAGUUGUUAUCUACAUUAAACAAGUGAAGGUGGUGUCUGUGGCAGAGUUAUUGGUUUACAAGCAUGACGAACAGAAAAUUAUGGUUUUAAAGUGUUUUUUUUUGCAUAACCAACUGAGAACCAUCACAUCUGUCUUUUUUUUUUUUUAAACCAUAUGUGCUGCUAUGACAAGAUAAAAAAAUUUGUGUGUUUGAUUGUUAGAUCAA